AUGAAUAUAAAUGAAAAUAAAAUGCCAUUAGUUCCCAUUGAAGAAUCUAAACAUUAUUCUUUCAGUGAAGAAAAUGACACUAUAAACCUUGAAAACAAUUCAAAUGAUUUAAAUAGUAUUCAAAAUUUUCUUAUAAGUAAUGCAUCAAAUAAUGGUUCGGUAAAAUGUGAUAAUAAAAAAAAUGAAUCGUUAUUAAAAAAAGAUAAUGUAAAUUUUAAUUUGAUAAAAAGAAAAAAAGGAACAAUAAGAAAAGAUCCACGUAGUAGUAAUAAUAUAAUUAUUGGUAAUAUUAGAAAUAAUAAGAAAAUAAAUAUGAAAAGAAGGUUUUUAAUGAAUUAUGGGGAUUAUAAUACCAAUGCAUCUGAAUUAUCUGAUAUAAAAGAUUUUGAAAACGAUUCAUAUAUUCAUGAAAAUAGUCAUAUGCUUUUGUACGAUCAUAAAUUUAGAGAAUUUCCUAGAAGGAAAAUAGAACAGAGAAGUGAAAAAAUUCGGAAUUUUUUUGUUUAUUCACCAGAUAUUAUACAAAAAUGGAUAAGAGUUAUAUUUAAUAUUAUAAUAACAUCAUUAAUAGUUGUUUUAAUAUAUUUUAUAUUUAUAUCUGUUAGAGAAGAUAUAAAUAAAAAGGUAGCAAUUCAAGUACAAAAUGUAAAAGAAGAAUCUAUCUCAUGUAAAAAACAGUAUAAUGCUCAUAAAUGUGGAACAGUUAAUUUACCUCUUUUAAAUGAGAAAUGUGAAGAAUGGUUAAAAUGUAUGAAAACUGAUCACAACUUAUAUCAAGACAUCUCUUUUUUAUCAGCACAAAUGCUAGGUCAAAUCAUUAAUGCUUUUAUUGUCCAGUUUGAAUGGAAAAGUAUUUGUGUUAUUGCUUUUAUUUUUCUUCUUAUUUUUAUUGGUAGUAAUUAUGCAUUGUCUAUAGGAGGAAGUAGACAGAAUGGAGAUUAUAAUUCACUUAACUCCAACACUACUAGUAUACCUCCUUUUCCUUAUUAUCAAUUUUAUCCAAUCAUGCCUCCACCUUUAAAUUAUAAUAAUUCAACUCAUGCUGAUAUACCAUAUAUGAGUAUACCUUCUCAAAAUAAAAUAUUUCAGAAUAAUAAUUACUCUAGGAAUCCUUAUUAUUAUCAAAAUAAUUAUUCUAAUUUAAAUGAAGACAAUACAAUGAAUCAUUCAGUAUCACGAAACAAAGAUUUCUCUGAAGAUUAUAACUCUUCCAAGAAAGAUAACAAAAAAAGUUCCAAAAGAUUAGGUUUUUUAAAAUAUUUAACAAGAGACAUAAAAUAA